AUGGACGAUUACAUGAGUUGCGACGUCGGAGACCCGAGUGCGCUGCUCAGAGAUGACGAUGAAAGCGAGAAAAACUUGAAGGAAUUUUUGAAGGAAAACGAGAUAAUUGAAAAGUACGAUAAGGAGGAAAAUGAAAAAGGGGUGCACUCAGACACAGAGGAAGUAUCAUCUAGCAAGCAGGCCAAGAAUACAUUAGUACACAAAAACAUAGCGCUCAAAAUUCACAACAUAAUAGCCUCAGCAAAUCUUGGUGUAGAAAUUGAUUUGCGCUUAGUGGCUAUAUCCAUACGAAACGCAGAAUAUAACCCAAGCAAAAUUAAUACACUCAUUGUUAGAUUGAACAAACCCAAGUGUACUGCUCUAAUUUUUAAGAGUGGAAGACUUAUGUUAACCGGCACCAAGACAAAAGCAGAUGCCAUUUAUGGUUGUAAGAAAAUUGCAAAAAUAAUUAAGCUUGUGACAAAUGAGUCCAUAAAGCUAGAAGGAUUCAACAUUGAAAAUAUUAUCGCUAGUGCAGAUUGUAAUAUGCCCAUACGGUUGGAAAUGCUGGCUCAUGAUCACAAGGACUACUGCAAUUACGAACCCGAGUUGUUCGCUGGGCUUGUGUACAGGUAUAAACCAACGUCCAAGCUCAAGUCGGUCAUUUUGAUUUUCGUCUCGGGUAAAAUUAUCAUCACGGGGUGCAAGUCGGUUCAGAAACUCUACACAGUGUUCGACGAUAUUUACAAUGUGCUCCUUCAGUACAGGAGUUGA